CCUACUUCGUUGCCCUCUACAGCACCGAUGAACAUUCAGGUUUAGUAGUCUUAGCUCUCCCCCAGUCCUUGGAAAGACAUUUAAGUAGGUAAAAAGAUUGACCUGGGGAGAGUCUAUGAACUGAGCAACCUCUAGGACAAAGUGCUUUUGUGCUCUCUGAGAGCAAUUAAUUUUCAUAUACCUACUCCGCCAGGAACAUCUCUGGCCAAUGUUGUGAUAUCCUCUUCAAAUCCUUUGUGUGUGACUCCUUGAAGUGCUUGACAAAUCUCGGAAUCCCGAACUCUAAAGGCCACGUUAAUUAAGUGGCCUCUUUCGUGGACCCAUGGCAAGUGGAGGGCUCUUUUAACUUUUUGUUGGUGCAUAUCCCUGGUACUUCAUUAGCGUUGUUUAGGAGUUGUGCUUGUAAAACCCGUGGAAACUUCUAGCAUUACGAUUACCAGCUCUUCUGCGGAUUAGAAAGAAUUCGUUAGUGGAUCGGAUUACAAAGUUUCAUCCGGGCUACCCCUACCAAACUUUGCCGUCCCAACGACUCGAAAUUUGCUACAACAAGAGUUACACGAACUACUGUGUCUGUGUCGUCCACAUCCGUGCCCUAUUCAUCUUGGGGGUGAAACCUUAUAGGUUUGAGAGAAUCUCUAGGGAGAUACGCCUCUCCGACUGUGAGGAACGCGUUGAAAAUGUUAGAUCACGACUUCUUGUCAGAGUUCUUCGCCACCGCCAUCAUGGAAUCCGAUGAAGAUGCCACCUACGAAAUCAACAUCAGACAAAUUGGAACCAACGACCACAUCGAUAUCGUCAAAUUGUUCCAGUCGUUUGAUAUUGAAAAAUACAAGUUCAUCCGCAUCUCCGAGCUUCAGAACAACAACACCAAGACCCUGAAUGGCAAAAAUAACCUCUCAUUGGCCGGGCUCCGGAUUGAUGAGCGGGGUGGGAUCUACCUAAACCCUCUACUAGAUACGAACUCCGCAUAUUUCAAAUGUUACGUAGCCGAGGACGCCAAUUCUCAUCAAUUGAUUGGAUACGUCUUGUUCUUCAACACGUUGGACGAGCGAGCCAAUCAAGUUGGAGCCGGAGAUGAUCCUGUGGCUGUAAUUGAAGAUCUCUUUGUCAGUCCAACUUACCGGGGUCGCGGGAUCGCCACCCAAUUAUUCCGCAAAGUUUUGAAGUCGAGUUUGGAUCGCGGGUGCUUCUCAUGUGAAUGCCUUCUGAUCCCGGAGAGCGCCGAGGGUCUGCGAUUCUGGAAGCGGAGGGUGGGAGAGAAUCGGAUUCAAGCCUUGCUCAACGAGAACCGAGGAAGUCAUGAGCUCAUUGUUGAAUUGAACCGAAUGGAGAUGAAAGCCUUCUUUGAGAAAACUGCCCUGGGCGCGGUUGCGGGGACGGCUUCCGUAUCGCCAUUGGGGGCGCCACCGUCGUGAGAGAUUUGACCAGCCCAAUGCUUGCCACGCUAUCAUGCAUUCAGAUUGAAAUACCUCUUCAAAUAUGAAACUGUUAGAGUAUCAGAUGCCAUUAUGUGAGAGAUUCUAAGAUUUGAUAGGGCAAGAUGUGCCUGUGUAAAGCCAUAUGCAUAGAAAUAAAUAUCAAAGUGAUCUCGAA